UGGGAGUGCCAUGGAGGACACCCUCACCUGCAGCCAUGCCACCUUCUCCCAGGUGUUUGGACGGCAGGGGCAGCUAAUGCAAGCCACUGUCCAGUCUCUAAACAGCCUGAAUGACCAGAUUGCUCAGUUCAUGGUGACCCGACCUUGUAAUCUCGCUGAUGAGGAGGAGGCCUUCAUCCCAGGAGAGAGGGAUACUCUCAGGAAGUCCAUGGCACUGAUGAGACACCUGCUUAUGGACGCUCAGGGGAAAAUCCUUAAAAUGAUGGAGGACAACAAGCAGCUGGCACACAGGAUCGAUGGGGCCAUCCACUCUGCAAGUCAGGAAGUGACCAACCUCCGAUCUGAGCUCUCCGCAACCAGCCGCAAACUAGCAGAGCUGGGAGCCAGCAGCCCCCCUGCUCUGGAGAACCACCACCUCCUCCACAACCACCAGGAUGACAGCCUCCGCUACAGGGAUCCAUCAGUGCACCACAGGCAAAAGACGAUGGUGACGGAUAUGUGCUACCCGACAGAGAUAUCCAGCCUGAUGGACUUUGGCACUGCAGACUGCUCGCUAGGCAAAGCGUUACUGCGAGAGGAGGUGGUACAGCUUCAGGAGGAGGUCCACCUGUUGAAGCAAAUGAAGGACAUGUUGAGCAAGGACGUAGAGGAGACCCAGGGCGGCUGCUCUGCCAAUCUGCUCUCCGCCACUGAGCUCAGCGUCCAGCUGAGGGACAAGGAGCAGGAGCUGGACCGUGCUAAGGAGGCCUUACAAGCCAUGAAAGCGGACCGAAAGCGGCUAAAAGCUGAGAAAUCGGAGCUGGCGAGUCAGAUGCAGCAGCUGUAUACAACACUGGAGAGCAGAGAAGACCAGCUGAGAGAAUUCAUCCGGAACUACGACCAGCACAGAAAGGAGAGUGAAGAUGCAGUCAAAGUCCUGGCAAAGGAGAAAGAUGUGCUGGAAAGGGAGAAGUGGGACCUGAGGAGGCAGACCAAAGAAUCCACAGAGCAGGCCAACAUCCUGCGCUCUCAGAUAGACAUGAAGGAGAACAGGAUUAAGGAGCUGGAGGCCGAACUCACCAUGGCAAAGCAGUCUCUAGCCACUCUGACAAAAGACGUACCCAAACGGCACUCUUUGGUGGUGCAGCCGGAGCCAGUUGUAAAUGGCAGUCAGGAGUGGGUGAUGCAGGCCGACUUGCCGCUCACCGCCGCCAUCCGUCAGAGCCAGCAGACCCUCUACCACGGUCACAAUGCAGACCGGCAGGCUGUGGUAAGGAUCAGCCCCUGUCACACUCGCCAGCCCUCUGUGAUCUCAGAUGCCUCAGCAGCUGAUGGGGACCGCUCGUCCACUCCCAGUGACAUCAACUCACCUCGCCACCGGACCCACUCCCUCUGUAAUUCAAUGGAAGAUCUAGAAGACCAGAAACGUAAGAAGAAGAAGGACAAGAUGACUCUGGGAUCUCUGUCACGGGUGUUCACUCGAGGCAAACAGCGCAAGUCCAUGGACCCCGGCUUGUUUGAUGGUACAACCACCCCUGAUUAUUACAUAGAGGAGGAUGCCGACUGGUGAAGCUGAAUGAGCGUGUGUGUGUGCGAGUGCAUGAAUAUAUCUCCAUGCAUCAAAUUUGUGUGUUUUGGGAUGUGUCUGGAAGAAGGAGAUGGAUGGAUUGUAAUGAAAACCAAGAGACUGCUGUCCCCAUAAAUGUACAGUAUCCUGCUCAACAAAAAUGUAUGUUUGUAAAUUAAAUAUAUAUAUAUAUUUAUAGAUGUACAUGUAUGCAUAUGUAUAUAUGUUUACAUGCACAUAAAUACAUAUACUGGGUUAUUACAAUGUGUAGACAUGUUCAUGCUGUAUUAUCCUUUAAAUGUCUUAUUGUUUAAUUUUUUUUAUAAAUAGACACUUGAAGGACUGCUGUUUAUAUGUACAUAUAGGAUCUAAUGUGAAAAUAGUGUUUAAAUGUUAAUGUUAUCUGGGUUUUGUUACUCUAUAGUUGCUUUCAGCAUGAUUUGCAGGAUUGGUCUCUUUUUUAUUGUGAGUUUUUUAUUCCUUUUCUUGCAACACACCAGGAAGCAUUGCCAAGUUGACCUAAAAAAAAAAAAAAAACACUGAUUGGAGUUUAUUGAUUAUCUGUGCUGCUUAUGGAGUUUAUGUUGAUCUGUUACAGGACUUCCGUCACGAACGUUCGUUGCAUAUCACACUGUAAAAACAUCCUGUAUUUUAUUUUGAAAAUGUUUAGGGAUGUCCCGAUUAAGAUUUGCUUGUGACUCAUCCAGAUCCAAGUAAUUUCAGAUUCAAUAUUCACCAAUUGUGGGUUUCAAUCUAAUACCUUCAUUUCUUACAGCACACGUUAUAAAUUCAUCAUCCUCGGGUUAAGUAAAGCUAUGAAAAUCCAUGCCGUGUAAAUUAUUUAUGUCUCAUUAGCUCAACAGAAAUGAUCAAUUGUCCUCAUUUUAGUAGCCUCAAUAUCCUGGUGCUGAGCUUUAAGAACUGUCUGUUAUGUCAGCUAUAUCUUUGGAGUCAUCUAAUACAUAUCUGAGAAAAGUAUGUUUUUGUGUGAUAAAAUCUUCCCAAAGUUUUUAGAUUUUAAAUAUGUUUUUCAGGAAAAUCUUAAACAUCAAAGCAGAAAAAAUAAACUCUUAGCAGAACAACUCAAACUGCAGUGUGAAAAACCUAUUUUUGAAUAGUUAGAGACUUUAUUCUGUUACAUAGAAAUGGCAGACUAAAAACUAAGCAUUCCUCCACAGAAAGUUUUUAGUUCUUUAAGUUCAUGUUUUUUCUCCCAAAAAUGUGAAAAUAGAUUAUGUUCUAUUUUAAAUUUGAGGGUAUUGUAACAUUAGUCAGCCUGUGCAGCUGACCUUAAACCAUAGAAAAUAUGGUGAUCAGAUGGAAGGAGAGCAGCUACCCACAUAUUGAUCAAUCAAAACGAUCAGGAGACGAUACUUGGAGAUCAGAUCCAGACAUCCCUAAACAUGAAGAGAAGUACUGGCUGACCAACAGCCUUUUUAUGAAGAGCACAGCUGCACUGAUUUAAACACACCAACUAAAAAUGUAGCUUUUUCCAAACCAUGUGCAAGUGCCAAAGACAUAUAACCCAUACUUCAAGCUUCAUCAUUUGGUUGCUGUUAGUAACAGCCAUGUAACACUGUUAACGUCACUCAUUUCCAGCUGAGUGCUAUCUAACGUGUGCCAAUCAGAGACAAUGGAAUGUGCUUUAAAUACAUGCAUGGUCCCUCUGUGUUGCUUUGAUUAAAUAUUCAUUCAUUUCCUGUCAAAUUAAGUAUCAUAAAAGCAUCCUUCUUGUGUUAUUUUUCCCGUUGUUUCUACCAAACCUUGCAUUACGAAUGCCUGCCUUCCCCCUGCCUUAUUGAGAAUAUUCCUAUUUCUGUUUUUUUUUUGUUUUUUUUAUUGCGUUUUGUUCACUCCCUCCUCAUUUCCUGCAAAGAUGGCUCUAAUAAAUCUCUGUUUAAAUGCUUUGUAAAUUAGGGUAAUAAUACAUACACAAAAGAUGAAAUUUAUUGAAGUAUUUUAUUUAACAAAAUGAGAUAAGCAGAGAGGUGAUUCCUGAUAUUUAUGUGCUGCAGAUGUUGCAGUCAGAUGUUGAGGAGGUUUCCAAGUGAAUUAUAACUGAAAUGAAAAAAAAAAACUAUUUUAAAAAUAAAAGCGGAAAGUGAACACUUUGUGGUAGUUUUUCUGUUCCAUGAGUAAUCCUGUUCCUGUGUCUCAGUCUAACGUGUUUGUCUCCUCCUCCUGCCAUUCCCUAAUGGCAACUCUCUCCUAAACCAGUGAGUAACUCCUCAUCUGUGAUUACCAGCUGUCUGUUUCUGCACUUUGGGGAUUAUUCAUAUCGCUCA